AUGGCUCUGCAGAGGCAGCCUCGGCCUUCGCCUGACCCGGAGUAUGUCUUGAGAGGCCACCGCACGGAUGUUCAAGCCCUGCUAUUCCAUCCCGAGAUGGAUCUGCUGUACUCAGGAGACGCUGAAGGUGGACUGGUGGUUUGGGACUUGCAGCAGCGCCGCCCUGUCUCUUCUCAAAGGUUGCAUCCUGCAAAUGCUGGAGUUCUCUCCCUGGCCUGGCUUGGCAAGAACCUACUGAGUCAAGGUCGCGAUGGAACAAUCAAGGGAUGGGCUGUAGCCGAAGAUGGAUCUUGCUCGAGGGAUCCCAGUUUGGAGCUGCAAACCAACUCCUACAAUUUCUGCCGCUGCUCUGUCAUUUCCUAUGAAAUUGAUGACAAGCCGGGCAAUGGGAAAGCGAUACUACUGAGAGAAUCAGAGGAUGGCAAGCCUGGAACUGAUGAAUCGGAGAGGUGGCUGGUGGGCGUUGCAGGCAGUGAUCCUGCUACUGUCGAGCUUUGGGAAGUCAUGGGCUUGGUGCGCGCACAUUUUUUAGCUCACAGGGAAGACGCCAAGAUGGGCAUGUGCAUGGCGCUGCAGCUAUUUGUAAGGCCAGAGACUGGAACUCUGCAUGCUGCAGCCGGGUAUGAGGACGGCACUGUCGCUGUCUGGGACGCAGCCCAGCCAGACAGCCCCAUAUUGCACAGCAGGAUGCACGCUGAGCCAGUCAUGGCCCUGGUUAUGGAACCUUCAGGCAAAUGGGGCGUCAGCGGCUCUGCAGAAGACAAGCUUGCAAUCUUCAGCAUCGAUUGGGCCCAGCUGGAGUUGCGUGAGGAAGAAGCUGUCCCCCUCAAGAAGCCUGGAGUGGCGGCGGUGGCACUGCGGCAUGAUGGCAAGAUAUUUGCGGUGGCCGGCUGGGAUGGCAGGGUGAGGCUGUACCGGUGCGAUACGCGCAAGCCGCUUGCCGUGCUGCAGUACCACAGGAGCGGCGUGCAGGAUGUGCGCUUUGAUGAGCGGUCCAAGCGGCUCGCGUCAGGAUCAAAGGAUGGCAGCAUCGCAAUGUGGAGCGUCUACACCGACACGUGA